UGUAUAUUAACUUUACUAACAGAACAUCGUUAUCGUACAUUAAUAAUAGAAACACAUCCAUUAAAGUAACAAAUAAUAAGGGAAGAAAAAAGUAGAGAAAAGUGAGGUUGCAUGUGAAUUAAAACUCAAGCCGAUCCAAAAGCAAACAAGAAAGGAAACAAAUCUUAACCUAGAACAUUAGAACAACCUAAUUGGUGCAUUCAGGAUUCAGUUGUCAAAAUGUCUAAGCAAAGAAUGCAAUGUUGUUACUAAAUUUAUUAUUUUAAUUUAAAUUUUACUGUUUUGUGUAUCCUCUAAACGAUUUUUGGUGAAAUAAGAUGGCGGAUGUCAGAGAUAUUCUGGAGCUUGAGAGGUCUGCCACCCCUGAGCUGACAAAAGAAGCUAUCCUUGGAAAUGCGGACAAACAAAAGAAAAAGCUGCUUAUGCAGUCUACUCCAAAGAUGCCCAAGAGACCUGAAGGAAUGCAUCGUGAAGUGUUCGCACUUUUGUACAAUGAUAAUAAAGAUGCUCCUCCUCUUUUUCCCACUGACACAGGGCAGGGCUACAAACAGCUGAAAGCCAAGUUGGGGAUGCGGAAAGUGCGACCAUGGAAGUGGAUGCCAUUUACCAAUCCGGCUCGCAAGGAUGGAGCAGUUUUCCACCACUGGCGGCGUGUAGCUGAUGAGGCCAAAGAGUACCCCUUUGCCAAGUUUAACAAGCAAGUGCCAAUCCCGUCAUAUUCGGAUGCCCAGUAUCUACAACACUUGCAGUCGGAGACGUGGACCCGUGCGGAAACAGAUCACUUGUUUGAUCUUGCGCGACGCUUUGACCUGCGCUUCGGUGUUAUGAGGGAUCGCUGGGAUGUCGGCCGCUUCCCCAAGCCAGACCGCAGCAUCGAGGACCUGAAGGAGCGCUACUACAACGUCAGCACGAUACUCACUAAGGUAAAAGGUGGAGGGAGUGAUGGUAAAAUCUAUGUCUUUGAUGCAGAUCAUGAGAGACGGCGUAAAGAACAACUGAAACGUCUCUAUGACAGAACUCCUGAACAGAUUGAGGAAGAACAGAAUCUGCUGAACGAACUGCGUAAAAUUGAGGCUCGCAAGAAGGAGAGAGACAAGAAGACGCAGGACCUGCAGAAGCUGAUAACUGCUGCCGACAACCAGGGAGACCCCCGCAAGCUGGAGCGGAAGAUACCACGGAAAAAGUUGCAGCAGGCAAGGCCACGUGUGGAUACCAAUGCUGUGGAAACGGCAGGAAUCAAAUUCCCAGAUAUGAAGAGCAGUGGGGUGUUUGUUCGCUCACAGAAGAUGAAGUUGCCUGCAAACAUUGGCCAAAAGAAGAUGAAGGCAAUUGAGCAACUCCUGCAAGAACUUAGUAUUGAUCUCAACCCUAUGCCUACAGAAGACAUCUGCAACCACUUCAAUGAGCUGCGUAGUGACAUGGUUCUGCUAUGUGAGCUCAAGUCUGCUCUAUCCACUUGUGAGUUUGAGCUUCAGACUCUCAGACAUCGUUAUGAAGCAUUCAACCCAGGGAAGACUCUGGUGAUUCCCCCUUCACUGUUUGGAGACUCCCAGAUUAACUCUCUGGACACUUCCCGCAAGACCCUCAGCUCAGAGAACAUUGAUGUCAUCGGUUCCCCGAGCAAUCCUCCCUCCAUUAGUGGUUAGCUGUCUUUUUUUUAAUAUAUAUUGUAGAUUUAUAUGAGAAUACAUGUUUUUUAUGAUAUU